ACGGGAGGCCGCACUGGCAGCAGUCUGAAUAUCUGCACUGUACGUCAAAAGGGUGGCAAACUAUUCAUACCAGUGUGUAUGCACAUGAUCGAUACCAACGAACCGUAUUCUACCGCUUUCCUCGUGUUCGCCACAUUCCAGAACAUGGGGAAAACAUUCCACAUGCUACAUACCUAUCGCUGAUUUUCACCCAAACAGAAUUUAAACACAGAUGCAUGGAAGGUCUUUGCCCUACACCCCCAUCCACGGUUGUGUCUGUCGGUGCCGGGCUCAUGAGACCUGACCUGUCGCUGAAAUUAUCCUUCUGUAUUGCAACAUUCCGUGGCUCUCAGUGUCGUCUCGUGCCUCAAUGUACCGAUGGCGUGGACCUGACAACUCACUUGUGCGACAGCUCCAAACGCGCGAAACUGCGGCGGGUGAGACCUGUUGUGGAAUUCCUUCACCUCUUCUACUAUUAUAAAUCCAAUGUAUGUCACUACAAUAUCUUUCACAGCAAUUCUAGCUGGUCUUGCUCAUAUAGCGCGAUUCGUGUUCUCUUUAUUGGAAUGCCCAAGCCUCUCGAAGACCACGCCGUGGCUGCUUGCACGUGCAAACGACCACCGGGUCGUCGAGCCGGCGACAGCCAAAAGAAGGAUGCUGGCAUGUCUUGGGAAGCCCAUCGGUUGUCCUCAAACAUACGGGCCUCAAGCCACUUUGGGGAGCUCCGGCGAAUCACCAAUGCUAGCUUCAUGAACCUGCAGGUUAGCGAUAGCAAGCCGGACGUGAACGAUCACAAAUCUGAUAUGCUCGCUUCGCUGGCGAGAUGUAGUGUCCUCCGUCCUCUGCAUCCUCUGUUUCGGAGAAAGAUUUCCAGCUUCCGGGAACUUUCAUCAUGCACGUUUGGGCCUUGGCAUGCGGUUUGCUAUGUACAGCAUGGGACCUGCGUCUCUUUCCCAGCAACUAGCUGCGAACGACUCGUCCUUUGCCUGCCCAUGAGUGCUUUGGGCACUUGGGAAAUUUUGUCCUGGCUGACGCGACCACCUCUCUGGAACGCAUUUCCUGCUCCCGCGGUUGACGCUCAAGCCUGGCCUGGCCGGGCCCGGCCCAACUGGACAUUGUCUCGUUCAAGACAGUGUCUAUCCGGUCUGCUAGGACCAGCUUCGAGAUUGACGGCGACUUCCGUGGUAUCCCGCUACCUCCUCUCAGGCGCUCCGAUCGGCUACCUUUUCUAA